GGCAGAGAUUGGGCUGACUUCACACAGGAAAGUUUAAACACAAUGAAAUACACUCUGGCUUUUGUGCUAAUGGGUGCCAUGGUGGCUUGCGUCCUGGCAAGUCGCUAUGGUUAUGGAGGCGGCUAUGGAGGUGGUUAUGGAGGUUAUGGUGGCUACGGAGGUGGUUAUGGUGGCUAUGGAGGUGGUUAUUAUGGCGGCUAUGGAAGAGGCUAUGGUGGCUAUGGAGGAGGCUAUGGUGGCUUCAGAGGAGGCUAUGGUGGCUACGGAGGAGGCUAUGGUGGUUAUGGAUACGGAAAGUAAUUUCUCUGUGACGAACAUCAAUGAAUAAAUAUUGGAGAAAUUAUACAGUAUAUGAUAUACAUCCCACGAUGAACACUUUGACUAUAUUUCUGAACUCAAAAAUUUAAGCAACUGCCUCGUUCAAAUGAACUGACUGGUAACUAUGGUCAACUUGAUUUGAUAUAUUUACAUCACAAGUUGCAGUUGAUAGGAU